AUGCCCGGCACAGCGAGCGCGUUCCCCAUCGACCUCAAUGCCCUGAAGAAGGUGACGCUCGACCCGACCAAGCCGCAGCUCUCGAAUGAGCAGCGCUCGGCGUUGUUGCACAACAUCCAGAUCAUGCGCGAUGCGAUCGUGCUCUUCACCGCGACCGGUGCUGCUCGCGGUGUGAGCGGACACACAGGUGGUGCAUACGACACCGUCCCAGAGGUCUGCCUCCUCCUGUCCCUCUUCAACGCCUCGAAGGACAAGUACGUCCCUAUCUUGUUCGACGAAGCCGGUCACCGUGUUGCGACGCAAUACUUGCUCUCUGCGAUCGAGGGCCACAUCCCUGCCGAGCACCUCCUGCACUACCGUGAGGCAAACUCCAAGCUUCCAGGCCACCCCGAGCUUGGUCUCACUCCCGGCGUCAAGUUCUCGUCCGGCCGUCUCGGGCACGUAUGGCCCUGGGUGAACGGCGUCGCGCUCGCGAACCGCGACAAGACCGUCUUCCUGCUCGGAUCCGACGGCUCGCAGCAGGAGGGCAACGACGCCGAGGCGGCGCGCCUCGCUGUCGCGCAGAACCUCAACGUCAAGCUGCUUAUCGACGACAACGACGUCACCAUCGCUGGCCACCCAUCGCAGUACCUCAAGGGCUACGAGCUCCACAAGACCCUCUCCGGCCACGGCUUGAAGGUGCUCACCGUCCAGGGUGAAGACCUCGAUGCGCUCUGGGCUGCGCUGUGCGAGAUCAUCGCUUACGACGGUCCCGCGGCGGUCGUCUGCAAGCGUGUCAUGGCCCCUGGUGUCGCGGACAUUGAGGGCAGCACGCACGGCCACGAUGUCAUCCCCGUCAAGGCGGCGAUCAAGUACCUCACCUCGCGCGGCUACCCCGAGACGAUGGCGACGGAUAUCCUGAACAACAUCACGCCGCAUGCUGUGCCCUACCUGUACAUCGGUUCGACCAAGGAGGUUGGCGCGAACCGUGUUGUGUUCGGUGAGGCCGUGAACAAGGUGCUUGACAAGCUCACGAAGGAGGAGGCUGCCGAGAAGGUCAUGGUCAUUGACAGUGAUCUUGAGGGCUCGACUGGCCUCAAGUCCAUCCACCAGAAGCACCCUGAGGUGUUCAUUCCCUCCGGUAUCAUGGAGCGUGGAAACUUCAGCGCGGCUGCUGGUUUCGGUUUCGACGCGAACAAGUUUGGUGUCUUCUCCACUUUCUCCGCCUUCCUCGAGAUGGUCAUCUCGGAAAUUACCAUGGCGCGCCUGAACUUCUGCAACGUCCUCUGCCACUUUUCUCACUCCGGUGUUGACGAGAUGGCCGACAACACGUGCCACUUCGGUGUCAACUCGCUCUUCGCGGACAACGGUCUCGCAGAUACGCAGUCGUGGCUUUACUUCCCGGCCGACGCCGCACAGAUGACGAAAGUCGUCGAGCGCGUGUUCUUCGAUCGCGGCAUACGGUUCAUCUUCUCGACGCGUUCGAAGGUACCGUACAUGCUCAGGGAGGACGGCAAGACGCGCGUCUUCGGCGACGACUACGAGUUCGUGCCCGGAAAGGACGAGGUCAUCUGCGAGGGCAAGGCCGGCUACGUCGUCUCGUUCGGUGACAUGCUCUACCGCUCGUGGGACGCCGUCCUCCGCUGCAGGCAGGAAGGCCUCGACGUUGGCUUGAUCAACAAGCCGACGCUGAACCUCGUCGACGAGCAGGUGAUCCGCAAGGUCGGCUCGAGUCCGUUCGUCCUUGUCGUUGAGUCUCUGAGCCAGAAGACUGGGCUUGGUUCGAAGUUCGGCACUUGGUUGCUUGAGCGCCAGCUCACGCCGAAGUACGGCUACAUCGGCACGAACAAGGAGGGCUGCGGUGGUCUGACUGAGCAGAUCCCCCACCAGGGCCUCGACCCGCAAUCGAUCAUCCUCAAGAUCAGGCAACUGUCGAACUGAGGGAUGCAAAUUGCGCGACGUGUAGGAUGUCUUUGGUCAUGAUGUGUAACGAGCGAUCAGAGGAGUAGCAGCAGUCGAAAAAGGAACAUGUACAUGUACACCAUAGAGCAAUUCACUCACGAGUCAGUCUAUGCUGUGACUUUGCUGGCCGGGAGCCGAGGUCUGACUCUAGUAUACGCGACUCUGAAUGACACGCCGGCCCCGGACAUGCAUACGCUGCAUAUAAUAGCGCACCAGAGAUGAUGGAGAAGGCCGAGGAUUGGCUCGGCAUCCGCCGAAGUGCGUCAGAGCACCAUCACUGCGUUUCGCGUCCGAGGGCACG